AGAGACUUGAAUUGAGUUGAAAUCUGAGCAUUUUGAUGGACAAGGGCACAAGUCUAAAAUGACCAGGCAGCCAGCUGUCACACAUCAUUACUGAGCCAAAGAUGUUCAGCGAGCUGGAGAUUUCAGCUGCCAGGCAGAGCUGGAGAGCCAGAGCACCACACUGUUGCUGCUGCUGGGAACUGCACGAGCGAAUGUAGUCAUUGAGGAGAAUGAAGAGCUCCCUCGGCCCGAGGGCACAGCCCACUCUGUCGUCAGAUUCCGACGCUCAGCCCACCUUCAAAGUACAGGCAAGGUUGCAUCACAUUCUUCUUAAUAGAGCCUAUGGGAAUCAAAUCUGAUCUUCUGUGCCAAAGCUCUGAAGAGUCUUGACUGGAACAUGCAUUGUUCCAGGCUGAAGGACAACAGAAGCAUCCUCGAAAAAAAAAGAGGUGUCUUGAUCCAUUUCCAGAGUGGGCCUGAAAUAAGGGAAGAACUGCCAAUGCCACAGCUUCUCCUUGCUAUCUUUUGCUGAUCUCAUCUUUCGGUCUCACUGGAGCUGAUUUCGGGGAGGAGAAAUCUGAUAAUCCUUAAGGAAGACCUGAUACUUGGAAUGAGAAUAUUGCCAUCAUGAGUCAACAAGGUUAUGUUGCAGCUCCUCCAUAUUCCCAAUCCCAACCAGGAAUAGGAGGUUUUGGAUCACCUAAUUCUUCACUUCAUUAUGGACAUUAUGGGGACCCGAACUCUUCAUACUCAGCACCUCAACCAGGUGUGUCAAAAUCAACUGUGCCUUUUGGAUCCUCGGCUCCUGUUGGGCCUCCACCACCUGGUGCCCAUCAGUUCAGCCAGACCAAUUUCCAGAAUGGGCCUGGGACACCAGGGCAGCAGCCACACAGGUUUCAAGGCCCUCCACCUGCAGGCAACACAGGAGCAUCCUAUCCUCCCUACAGUCCUCAGUCACAACCAGCCUUCCCAAAUGCUGCACCUGCCUCAUCUACAGCACAACUUGCUGACCAGCUCAACAGCAUGCAGAUAAAUAACUAUGGUCCUGGCCCCACUCCGAGCCCUGGGCAUCCGGCAUCUUUCCAGAGUCCACGACUCCCACCACCACCAACCCAGCAGCAAAUGGUUCUGCCACCUGGGCCACAGGUUCCUCCUCCUCCACCGACCGGGAGUGUCAAUGGCCUGUGCGCUCAGCCGUCACUGCCUCCGAUUGCCAGACAAGGUGGGAUCCCUGGACCUGUCCCUCCAAAUCCUAACCUGCAGCAGCUCCCAGGACAGCCUCCAGGGCCUGGAUAUCAUCCUCAGCAAGCAAACUAUGGUCCUCUGAUGGCAGGAUCUCAGCUGUCUUAUCCUGGUGCUUUUCCUGGAGGUCCAACACAGCUCUCAGGCCCACCGCAGAAGAAACUUGAUCCUAACUCUAUUCCAAGCCCAAUCCAAGUAAUUGAAAGUGAUAAAGCUGCCAGGGGAGGGCAGGUCUAUGCUACAAACACCAGAGGACAGGUUCCUCCUCUCGUCACCACUGACUGCAUAAUCCAAGACCAAGGCCACGCCAGCCCUCGUUAUAUCCGAUGUACCACCUACUGCUUCCCGCUGACUUCAGAUAUGGCCAAGCAGACCCGCAUUCCCCUGGCAGCUGUCAUCCAGCCUUUUGCUAAUGUCCCACCAAAUGAGACACCCCUUUAUCUUGUCAACCAUGGGGAGACUGGACCGAUCCGAUGCAACCGGUGCAAAGCUUACAUGUGUCCCUUCAUGCAGUUCAUUGAAGGUGGGAGAAGAUACCAGUGUGGAUUUUGUAACUGUAUAAAUGAUGUCCCGUCAUUCUUCUUUCAACACCUGGACCACAUGGGCCGACGGAUAGACCACUAUGAAAGGCCUGAGCUGUCCCUGGGAUCUUAUGAAUAUGUUGCUACUUUGGACUAUUGCAGAGACAAGAAACCUCCAAAUCCACCAGCUUAUAUCUUCAUGAUUGAUGUAUCCUACAGAAACAUAAAGAGUGGCCUAGUUAAACUCAUAUGUGAUGAGCUAAAGACUCUGCUAGAUAAACUUCCAAGAGAAGAGCAAGAAGAAUCCUCA